CUGGUAAAAAAAACUGUUCAUUUUUUAAAAACAUGAUCGAAAACGACGAUUCGGUUGCAUUUGGGGAAUGCAAUACCACUUUAAACGCAAGUAAUCAAACCCAAUCGGAUUCUAUAACUGAUGUUGAAAAUAUUGAAAGUAAACCUUGUAGCGAAGAACAUAAAAAUGUAGUGGAAAGUCUGAAAAGGGAGUUUAGCCGUAUUGCAGAUUUAGCAAAACAUGAGAGUUGUAAUACAGAGUUAAUAAAAAAGUUUGUUGGAAGCCUAAGAGCAAUUAACAGAGGUAGUCAGUUGGAUUCAUUCCUAGCUAGCAAGCAGCGUAUCAAACGAAAAACAAAAUUAAUAAAAGUCCACCCUACAGCACGCAGUAGAGAAAGAUACAAAAUGCUAAAAUGGGGGGACAGAGAAUUCAAAAUAUUAGAUAUAGCUCCAAUUAAAAGAGUAUGUAUUAAAAUUCAAUUUAUUCCAUUUCACCCGAUUUGUAUGACUCAGCCACGUUGUUGUGCUGCAAACGUUUAG